AUGCGCGUAAACGGUACUCCCGUGAUUGAAAUAUUAGUUUUCCUUUUGAUUUGUGAUGCUUUCUGCUAUGAAAAAACUUUGCGAAAAAUUGUGCGAAAUCAAUCCAAAAUGAUCCAAACACCUUUCAGUGACACUAAGUAUACGACCAAUAAUUAUUCACAAUCUUCCCAUCUAAGAGAUUUUCUGAUGUUUCCUGGAUACACUCAAGUAAAAGGAGGCGUUCAUAAAAUGCAAAGGCCAAGAGUUUCGACAAUUUUAUCAUCGGUAGAAACAGGUAGAAGUAAGGCAACGUACUCAAAAAUGAAAUUAAGUAAAAAUGGUCAUCAAAAUGAACUGAGAUUGGCUAGAGAUACAUUUUACAAUACAUCAGAUUUACCAAGCAAAACAAACGUUCUGUUUCCUGAUUAUACCUCUCCAUACAUCAUCACAAAUAUGAGUAAUUCGGGAGAAAUUUUACUUGAAGAAAUAGGUCAAAUACCACCAUUAAAUAAUUUUCCACUGACUAAUACAGUUAAUAUGAAAUCAGACGCAAAUGUUUUAAUAGAUAAUAAUAAUUCAGUAUUACAAAAUGUAUAUGAGGUCCAAUAUACAAAACAAUCAUCAAAAAAAUUCGAUAUCAAUGCGAGUCUGGCAGUAACUGAAUAUGACAUCGAUCAGGAUAAAGCAGAUUUUCUCAUAGAAGAACCCAGUAUCCAGAUGCAUUUAAAUCAAACUCAAAACAUACCGAUUUUAACAUACAAUUGCAAAAACUUAUUGCAACAGAGAGUAGACAUUGACGCACAGGAGAAGUUACUAGAAUUUGAUAUAGAACCGCCUUGGAUAGUAAAAAAACAUUUUUGGAAUAAAAUUUAUGAUAAUCGCUACGAGUCUCUAAUGAGAAAUCCUAAUUGGCCUCCACUUAAAGUAAUUCUUAUUCCUCGAACACAUGUAGACACUGUUUGGAAAAAGCCAUUUCAUGUAUAUCACGAGGAGACUGUACAUAAAAUAAUAACAAACAUGAUUAAGAAAUUGCAAUUUUAUUCCAACCUUACAUUUACUUGGAACGAAGUAUCUCAUUUAAGCCAAUGGUGGAAAUUCGCAUCACAGAAAAGGCGUGUUAACCUGCGUCGUUUAGUUAGGGAAGGGAGACUUGAAAUAACCACAGGUGGUUGGGUGGAAACAGACGAAGCUACAUCAAAUCUAUUCGGAAUACUUCAUCAGUUUACCGAAGGUCAUCAGUGGCUUCAUCGUUUUUUAAAGUACAAACCAAAUGUAGCUUGGCUGACCAAUAGUGUGACACAUAGCCCUUCAUUUCCAUAUAUUUUAUCUGCAUCUGGUAUUUCAUACUUGGUUUUUACCAAUAUCCAUUUUUCAUGGGAGCAAUUUUUUGCUGAGUAUCAAUACAGCGAUUUUAUGUGGCUACAAAACUGGGAUCAUGACAAAUCAACAGAAAAUGCUAUAAAUGAAGUUUUAAAUAGAAUUGGGAAAGAUAGAUAUCCGAAGCACACGGUUCUCACUCAUUAUUUACAGUUUAAUUCAGACGGAUUUGAGGCCUGUGGUCCUCAUAAACACAUUUGUAACGAUGAGUUUAACUUUGCUAAUAAAAUUCUAGACAUCAAUACGUAUAACGUCAAAAGGAAGUCUGAAAGAUUGCUAGAACAGUACUCAAAAACAGGAACUACGUCUCCACAUAACAUUAUAAUUGCUCCUAUAGGAAAUCCAUUUCAUUUCAGCACUCAAACGGAAUUUGAUUACCAAUACAAUAAUUACUUACGAAUAUCUGACUUCAUCAAUACUAAUCAAAAUAUUUAUAAAGCUACCGUGGAGUUUGGUACACCAAUCAAUUAUUUUGCUGCAAUCACUGAAAGACAUAAAUCAUACUAUCCUACAUUGAAAGGAGAUUUUUUAAACUUCGCUGAUAUACAAGAUACCAACGCUGCUUAUUGGACUGGUUAUUUUACAACAAGACCUAUAUUAAAAAUUUUACUGAGACGGCUCCAAGCUACCCUUCGUUCCACAGAAAUUUUGUUCACAUUUACAUUAAAUCUAAAUGCCCUUCGAGGCAACGUAUCCGAAAUGUUUGAAAAGUUAGCAAAUGUUAGAGAAAUUGUUGCUCGGCUUCAAGACCGCAAUGUUCUAAGCGGAACUUUACCUGCUAAUAUGGUAAGAUACAUCCAGAACCAAAUUCUAACAGCAGUCAAAGACUGCUGGUAUAUUCAGGAAUAUUCGAUUAGCCUUCUCACUAGUAAGUCUGAUAAUAAUGAAAAGUAUAUUUUUAAGUAUGUGUACCGAGACGGUGAAUUUAUAUCCCCUUUUAAAUCAGUGGCACCUGGUGACUAUCUUUAUGUGUUUAAUUCCUACAGUCACGAGAGAAGUGAGUUAGUAGAAUUAAUAACAAGAAAUCCUAACAUAAGAGUUGUCGAUCACAAUAAAAAAGACAUUAUGAUUCAAAUAAAUCCAUUUUGGAAGUAUAACAGUGAUAGGAAUGUAAUACAAAUAUCAAAACAGUUUUAUAAAAUUAUAUUUGUUAUCAAAGUCCCUCCAAUGACGAUUGAAUUAUUUAAAGUUAAAGAGACGUACGAUGUAACGCUUAGUACUUCCACAGUAUACUGUAUGAUGUGUGCUGAAGAACCCUUAAAUGGGGGUAAUUCUAACUUUCAAUUUAGCAUACAACCUGUAGAGACAGGAGAUAUUCAAAUUGAAAACUAUAAAUUUCGUUUAAUAUUCGACGAAAUGACGGGGUUCUUGAAAACAGUUAUUGAAAAAGAAAAUUACCGUGAGAAACAAAUCUUAAUGAAUUACGGUGCAUUCAAGAGUUCUGAUACUCAUUCAGGUUUAUUCUUAUUUAAGGCAAACACUUCAAAUCCUUUAUCUAAUAUUUUUGAAAAUCCAAAAAAAGUUACCAAUGCUAAAGUUAUGUUGAUAACGUCUGGCAAUGUCGCCACUGACUUUGUUUCUAUUUACGGUCGACUAUUGCAACAUACCGUGCAAAUAUACAACAUUGCAAAUAGUCCUUUGACGAAUGUUAUUCGAGUUGAUAGUAAAGUAGAUUAUGAGGCGUCUCCAAAAAACAGAGAACUAGAAAUGUUCAUGUCUAUACAAACGGAUAUCAGUAACGGUAAUCCUCCAGAAAUAGUAAUAGAUAAUAAUGGUUUUCAGUAUACACCACGUAAAUUAAAUUUAAGCAGACCCGUUGAAUCAAAUAUGAUUGUUAUGACAAGUAUGGCAUUUAUUCAAGAUGAGACGUGUAGAUUAACUUUCAUAACAGACCAUGCUCAAGGAGUCACGGCUUUGCAAGAGGGACAAAUAGUUGUAAUGCUGGAUAGGAGGGUAUUAUUUAAUGAUGGUCGCGGCAUUGAUGAAGGCUUAGCUGAUAGUAGUUCGACGAAUCAUGUGCACUAUAUUUUGCUAGAAAACUUGAUACACGAUGAAUCAAAAAACAAGCAACUAUCAAAACCGAUUAUUUCAAUGCCAAGUAUAUUAGCUAUUCAUUUGGUAAACACUCUGAACUACCCAUUAGAUAUUUUUUUCAUUGAUCGAAAUUUAUUCGAUCUAUGCUAUUAUGCGUUUCUACCUUUGAUUCAGAGUACUUUUGCAUGCGAUGUAACAGUCAUAAAUUUUAGAACGCUAUCCAAAAGGUUGUCGACUUCUUUACCAAUUACUGCCUUGAUAACAUUACAUAGGCAAAGUUACUCGUGCCAGAUUUCUUAUUCUGACCUAUUUCAUUGCAAUUCCGAUGUAAGUUUUAAUUUAGAACAAAUUUUACAAAACGUUAAAAAUGUAUAUCAAACUAAUUUAGUUGGUACCAGUGAUGGCGUACCUAUGUCUAAUAUUAAUCUGAUAAAUUUUCCGGCUAUGGAACUAAUAACAUUAAAAGUAAAAUUUAGAUAA